AUAUGAUGCGAAAAGAAAAUGUCUGAACGAACAUGGACUAUCGUUCAAUUUGAAGAAGACAAUUCCGUGGAAGCGGUGCCCUCAACUUGGAUACAAGGACAGACUUGUUUGUGGCCUACAUAUUCGCGGGACAAAUUAAUGACUGCUAUUAGAAAACAUGAACCUCUAAAUACAUGCUGGCCUAGCUAUGAAAUAAGAAGUUUUAGAAAUUCUACUUUUGAUGAUUAUUCAAAAGCACGUGCCAAGGCACGUACUGCUGAAGUAACCAGUGAUUUAAAUUCAGAAAUAGAAGAAAAUGCUAAAAGACAAAGAAUUCAAAAAAUAUUGUCUUCAUCUUCGUCAGAGAAAAGCUUGGGAAUGUCAGCAUUACCACAGCCACCAAAAUUAAAAAAGAAGAAUAACACAGACAAUGAGAAUAUUCAACAAUAUUCAACAUCAGCUGAUAAUCUUUUAGCAAAUCAGUCUACAUCAUUAAAUACAGAUAAUAUAAAUAUAUGUAUAUGA